GGGACCCCUCUGCACGUCGCCUGUGCCCGGGAGCAUCUGGACUGUGUCAAAGUGCUGCUCAAUGCAGGGGCCAAUGUGAACGCAGCCAAACUUCACGAGACGGCCCUUCACCACGCGGCCAAGGUGAAGAACGUGGACCUCAUCGAGAUGCUCAUUGAGUUUGGAGGCAACAUCUAUGCCCGGGACAACCGGGGCAAGAAGCCGUCUGACUACACGUGGAGCAGCAGCGCCCCUGCCAAGUGCUUCGAGUACUACGAGAAGACACCUCUGACCCUGUCACAGCUCUGCAGGGUGAGCCUGAGGAAGGCCACCGGCAUCCGCGGGCUGGAGAAGAUCGCCAAAUUAAACAUCCCUCCCCGGCUCAUUGAUUUCCUUUCCUACAACUGAACAGUGGGAGCAGGGGCCAGGCAGGCUGGGACUCACCUGGCUGCUUCCCUGGCUGUGCCCAGUGCUGGGCUGGAGAGAUUCUGCCUGUUUGUUUGAAAUGGCAUAAAUGCUAUAGAUAGAAUGGCGCUCCUUUGAGUGCUUUCUGGCUGUCCCGUUCCAUCUUCUCUCCUGAAUCCUGGGAAAUUCCCACGCAUUGGGAAGGCCUGUGUCUCAGAUCACAGUUGUGGCUGUGUCCCUGUGCUGUCUCACCAGUCUCCCUCUUUUCUCCCACCUGCCUCAAAGGCUCUCUCAGGAUAGGUGGCUUAAGGAGAACCGAGGAGGCAGGCGGGGCUGGGGCCCCAGGCACUGCUGUCGGUUUCCAUGCUACAGACAUACCUGGUCCCAGCUGCUGGCCAUCUCUGAGUCAGCACCAGGCAGCCCUCCAUGUUCAAAGGUGGGAUUCCGACCCCGUGGCCUGGGACAGCCACUCUGCUACCACAUGGAUGCUUUUUCUGGAGAAGUGGUUGGCAUUCUCCAUGCCCACCUGUGCCCAGGUGUAUCCGUCACUCAGGGGCUUUAUAUGGAUCUUAGUGGGGGAAGGCUCUGGCUUUGUACCCCCACAACUAGCACAGUGUUUCUUAGGAAGUUUGUCUUCAAUGUUAGGUCUCAACUCUUUAAAAAAGUUUACGUGGGAUAAAAAACUUUUUGCAGUUUUUGAGGCUGCUGUAACACUAAUGUUUUGUAAAUGAGCCAUUCAAACAGAAGGGGACAUGACGGCGUGUUAGUGUAUUUCUCACGGAAGUCAUUUCCAGUAUAAACGGCUGUUGGGAGACUCUUUAGGGAUUGUUUUUCAUCUGUUUCCACAGUUGCCAAAUGAAUUUUUCACCCACCUGAAGUUUCGCUAACUCCUUGAAGCUAUAAAAUGAGGAGAAGCAGUUGCCAGCACCCAGUGGGUGCUAUCACUCGCUAAUCCUUCCAUUUUUGUGGAUAAUAACAGUAAAUGAUUCUACAUGAUAAGCCACAAGGUGAAAUAUUUAGUAGUCUAUUCAGACUGCAUUUGCCCACCUAAGAUUCUGUAUCUCAACAACAACGAAAACCACACACAACAGGGAGAUGAACUAGAGGAAUUUUGUGUAGUUAAUUCAGGUGUAUCUGGUUUCUGGGGAAAUGGAGACAGCACCACUUAUGAAUGUUCAUGUGGUCAGUGUGCCCAGAAAUGGGAACGGGGUGGUCACCAGAUACUCCUGGGUCUGCCUCAGCCUCCCACCCCCAAAUAGCAUGAGACGGAGCCGGCCCAGGUGAUGCCAAUUGUGUCACAUGACCAGAGGCAUCUCUCCACAUGGUUACUUGGGUGGGGCCACAGAUCUGGUGAAAGACUUCGUGUUGGUGCGCUGGAUAUUUCCUUUCUCCAGUGUGUUAGCCGUCGUCGUGGCAGGACUUCCUCUUAAACCAAGAAGAGCCAUUCUCGUUCUGUUAUAGUCUUAGAUACAAGUUCUGGAUAAAUCAUUGUUUCUGCAUGGAAUAAUAAUUUUUUUAAAAAAAGCGUUGGGUUCUGCCCCUUUCAUCUUCAUAAAGAAACUUGCCUCUAGCCAUGAAAUCUGCAACCAUCUCUACCCCAUAUAGCACUUAGUACAGACCAGAUCCCCACACUCAAUGAAAUAUUGCUCAAUAAAAGUGGGUGAAUGAGGUUUA